AUGGGCGGGGCUUUGGAAUUUUACCGGAGGGGAGCUGGAGCAGAAACAGACGGUUGUCGCGGUACUAUAUCACAGAGGAGAAAACCGCUUUUCCUUCUGAGCACGAGGCCGCCCGGCUGUGAGGGGUCUAUUGAAAGUGACACCUUUUGUGCCAAGAUCGCUAUGUGUGACAUUGAAAACCAACUUGGUGACGACAAGUUGUACGACUUGGAGACAAACAACGGAUUCGUCGGAUCCUUCCGAACAUCAGCCAAGGAAAGUGUGGGAAUUGAAGAGGCGUUCAAAUUCUUGUCAAAUACUGUGAUUUCAACUGAACAAGGUGGCCAGUACGACGUCCCAUUCUUGAAUCGGGAAGGCAACGUGAACCUUGAUGACAACUCCACUCUUUACAAGCACGACUCCAAGUGUUGCUAA